AUGUCAGACUUCAUUUACCCUAAUAAUACCCCUGUUAUACUAUUGAAUUGCGAAGAAGCUUUCAAAGAGUUAACAGAUGAUGAAAAACAAUAUGCCCACUAUUUGUCUAGGGCAUCAUGGUUUGGAGGGCUUAUUGUUUUACUGCAGACUUCUUUGGAGAGUCCUUUGAUCUUUAUUUUACUCUACAAACUAUUUCGAGAACAAUCUCUUGAAGAAAUAAAGAAACUUGCUCUAACAGAAUGUGAUUUCACUGAAGAUGAAUAUAUUGCUCUUCUAGCUUUUGCUUCAGCUUUUUUUGCCAACACAGGAAAUUACAAGAACAUGGGGGAUACUAAGUUCAUUCCAAAUUUACCCAAGGAAAAGUUUGAAAAACUUGUGUUAUUGAGUAAGUUUGGUAGCAAUCACCAACAAGACGCAAUGAGCCUGCUGAACCGAUGCUUGGAGUCAAUAUAUUCUUUAAAAGACAAAGAAAGGAGAUUGGGUUUCCCAUAUGAAGCAACUACAACCUAUAUUUCUAAUAAUUUUCUGAAAGAGGAUGAAGAAAUUGUGAAAAAUUUCUUCAAAAAACAGAAUAUGGAUGCAUGGAAUUCAAGAUUGUUUAAAAUUGUUGAUGAAUCUGGCACUGUCACCUAUGAAAUACGUCUUGCUUCUGUAUUGAGUACAGAUGAUGAGGAAGAGAAAAGCUUAGUAAAUUCAUUUGCUGUCAAUGGACACAAAUUUCAAAUUACACGAGGAGAUUACAGUAAACUUUUGAAACUAGUAAAUGAAAAUUUAGAGUUGGCAAUGAAAUUUGCCAGCAAUGAAUUAGAAGCUAAGAUGAUUGAGAAGUAUAUAUCUAGUUUUCAAACUGGUUCUAUAGAUGCACAUAAAGAUGGCUCAAGGUUUUGGAUAAAAAAUAAAGGUCCUGUCGUUGAAACUUAUAUUGGAUUUAUUGAAAGCUACAGAGAUCCUGCUGGUGUAAGAGGAGAGUUUGAAGGAUUUGUUGCUAUGGUCGAUAAACCUCUGAGUGAAAAAUUUGCCACUCUUGUUACUGCCGCUGAAGAGUUCAUUCAUCUUUUGCCCUGGCCAAGUACCUUUGAGAAAGACAAAUUUUUGAAGCCUGAUUAUACAUCUUUAGAAGUUUUAACAUUUGGUGGCAGCGGUGUUCCUGCAGGAAUCUGCAUUCCAAACUAUGAAGAAAUUCGUCAAACAGAAGGCUUCAAGAAUGUUUCUCUAAACAACACAAUUAAUAUCAAAACAACUGAAGCACCAAAUUUCAUAAGCGCAAGCGAUCAAGAGAUAGUGAUGCAACUUAGAAAUAAUGCAUUCCAAGUCCAAGUAGCUCUUCACGAACUCUUAGGACACGGAAGUGGAAAAUUGUUUCAUAGAAAAAAAGACGGCAGUUUUAAUUUCGAUAUUGAUCAAGUUAUCAACUUUGAAACUAAUCAAAAGUUUGAUGCUGCGUCAAGGGAGUUAAUUGAAAGUAAAACUGCUUUAUCUACUGCUGAAUCUCAAUUAAUUUCUCACAAACAAAGCAUAGAGGAAAAGGAACACGAAUUCUCAAAACUUAAUUUGGAGUUAAUUGAUAUUAAAAACACAAGAGAAGAGUUGACUAAAGAUAAAGAUUCAGCUAUAAAUUCUUUGAAAGAUAAAGAAGAUUUUUUAAAUAGAAUAUUCGGUUAUGAAGGCCCUGAAGCAGAGGAAAUUAUAUACACAUGCUGGUUGUUGAUGGCAUUAAUGGGCUUACAAGGUCUUCAAAUGUAUGAUCCUAAAUCUAAAUCAUGGCUUCAGGCCCAUUUACAAGCUCGCUAUGUAAUCUUACAAGUUAUGCUUGAAGCUGGAGAAGAUUUUGUAAAGAUUGAAAAAGUGAAAGGAUCAGAUGGAAAUCCUGAUCUUUUACUGACUUUAGAUGCCACUAAAAUUAAAACAAUUGGAAGAGCUGCAGUUGGAACCUUUUUACGGAGAUUACAGUUGUACAAAGCGACUGGAGACAUUGAAUCAGCUAGAAAAAUGUACGAUGGUUAUUCCUUAGUGAGUUCAGAAACUGCCCAUCCUUUCUUGGAUUACAGGGAAAUCGUCAUGGCAAGAAAGAAACCAAGAAGAUUGUUCACACAAGUCAACACAUUCUUAGAAGAUGGUAAAGUUGUAUUGAAGAAUUAUGAUUCAACAUUUGAAGGAAUGAUACAAUCAUGGGUGGAACGUUAUCCCGAUAGUUCUAUAUGUGAUAUCUUGGAAGAACUUUGGAAGAAAGAUAGUGCCUAUUUUGUUUAGACUGUAUAAAUCUAUGUAUUUUUUGAGAAUUAAAUUGAGGCUAAUAAACAAUUUUUCAAUAUUGUUCUUUUA